AUAACAACCUAAUAAGAGACAAAUUUUUUAGGUUAGGAUUGUAAAUUGUGGUUUUGUUUAUGGGGUAAUUAUGAAUAAUAUAUGCCGAAAUGUGCUAAAUUCAAGAAACAUAACCAUUUUACUAAACCGUACCUUGACAACAAGUGUCUCGAUUAAUAGAACUCUUUCUAGUAUUUCAAAGAAAUCCCCAGUUGUGGUACAAAAUAACUUCUUCGCUCAUAGUACAAGAUGUUACUCGGAUUCCCCGCCGCCACAGGACAACAAACUGCCCAAAUUGUUACCCGAUUUCCCUAUAGUCGUUUGGCCUUCCUUUUUUUACACCAUUAAAAACUUCAUUCUUUUCAAUUUCAUCAUCAAGCCUUACUUAGACAGGGACUUUAACCUUCCAGACUUUGUCGGAGCUUCUAAAAAAGCUGUCGAGGUGGUAUCGAGGAGAGUAGCCGAAGGAGAUGUAAAAUCACUGGACGGUUUAGUUACAAAUGAUGUCAUUUCCAACGUCCAGCAAGCUAUAUCAAUGAUGUCUCUAUCGCAGAGAGAAGAAAUUGCAAUCGAAUCUGACGAUAUAUAUUUUUCGUUCCCUUACCAGGUAGGAAUAAUAUUUAACGAAGAAGAAGGUAAGGAGCAGAAACGAUUCGUGGAAAUAACUAUGGUGUAUCACACGCUCAAAGGAUUGUCCAGCAUGAGAUCCAGAGGCGAAGAGCCGCCGAUGAGUUUGGGCAUGAUGCCUGAAUACCAAAAACGUAUAUCGAUUUGUAAUUACAGAUUUAUAAGGGAAUUUACAAAGGGCGUCAACGACGAGUGGACCGUUAACUUACUGAACCAUUUCAAACCAGCCGACAACAAUUGAUAGUAAAAUUUAAUUUGGAUUUAAAAGAUUAAACGUUUUCAUUUCA